AUAUAGAGAGAGAAGUAUAAUUGGUAUAGGAAGAAAUUGAAGUGAAUUAAAAUGGGAUUGGAGUAUUACAAGCCCAUAAUUGUGAUGUUAGGAUGUCAGUUGUUGUAUGCAGGUACAAAUCUAUUUGUUAGAGCUGCCCUUUUGGAAGAGAUGAGCUCUAGUGUCUUUGUGGUCUACAGACAAUUCAUUGGUUUCUUGCUUAUGGCCCCUUUUGCUUAUUUUUCACGGAAAGGAAAAGAUGGUUGUUGUUUGAAUUGGAAGAGCUUUUGGUUGAUAUUUUUGCUCUCUUUUGUGGGUGUGACAGCUAACCACAACUCAUACUACAUGGGCAUGACUCUAGUCUCAACAUCAGUAGCAAGUGCCAUGUACAAUUUGGCGCCUGCUAUCACCUUUCUUAUGGCUUACACCUUGGGGUUAGAAAAAGUUGGGCGAAGUUGGGGUAGCUUUGCUAAAAUUAUUGGAACAGUUGUGUGUGUGAGUGGUGCUGCUGUGAUGGCCUUUCUAGAAGGUCCCAAAUUACUUGAGGUGGCAGUUGGAGAUGAUCACGAAAGAUUGAUUGGCUGCUUCCUCAUCUUUGCUAGCUCAUGUUGCUGGUCUUUUGCCCUAAUUUUGCAGGCGCGUGUAAACGAGUCCUACCCCGACUAUGUUUCAAUGACGGCCUUGAUGUGCCUAAUGGCAUCGCUACAAUCGGGAAUCUUCACGAUGAUUGUGGCGCCGAGUAUGAAUGUUUGGAAACUCACUACCCCAAUUCAAAUAUUCUCUUGCCUAUUUGCGGGUAUGACUUCAGCAAUAACUUUCUUCGCUCAAGCAUGGUGCGUAGCAAGAAGAGGACCCCUUUUCUCAGCUCUGUUUCAGCCCCUGUGUACAGUCAUUGUGACAGUUCUUGGCUACAUCUUCUUACAUGAAGAUUUGUACCUUGGAAGUGUGACAGGAGGAGUGGCAGUGAUAAUUGGACUAUACAUUGUGCUAUGGGGUAAAUCAAAAGACAAUAAUAGUAGCACGGAAGAGAUGAUAAAGAAAACAUUGGAUCCCCAAAUAUGUGAAAGUUGCAAAAUUGAUUUGGAAGAGCCCCUUCUGCCUGAAAAACCAUCGAAUUGAUUUUGACUAUUCAAAAAUGAUGAUUGAUGUUCUCUGAUUGUUAUGUUAGGAGUGAUACAAUAUUAAUUCUAUACCAAAUUCGAGGCUA